AUGUGUGGUAUUUUCGCAGCUUAUAGACAACCAGAGGUUGAAGAUUUCAAAAGCAAAGCUUUACAAUAUUCCAAAUUAAUUAGACACAGAGGUCCAGAUUGGUCAGGAAAUGUUGUUCAAAACAGCACCAUAUUAUGUCAUGAGAGAUUAGCUAUUGUUGGUUUGGAUUCUGGUGCUCAACCUAUUGUUUCACCAGAUGGUAACUUUACUUUAGCCGUUAAUGGGGAAAUCUAUAACCAUAUUCAAUUAAGAGAACAAUUUCCAGAUUACAAAUUCAAAUCCUUGAGUGAUUGUGAACCAAUCAUUCCACUUUUCACAAAAUACGACAUUGAUGCCCCCAAACAUUUAGAUGGUAUGUUUGCUUGGGUUUUAUACGACAAGAAAAACGAUAGAAUAGUUGCUGCUAGAGAUCCAAUUGGUAUCACCACUUUAUACAUGGGUAAAUCUUCUAAAUCCCCUAAAACAAGAUAUUUUGCCAGUGAAUUGAAAUGUUUAAUUGAAGAAUGUGACGAAAUUUUUGCCUUCCCACCAGGUCAUGUUUAUGAUUCCAACACCGAUGAAAUAACAAGAUAUUUCCAACCAUCUUGGUGGGAUGCAUCCAAAGUUCCCGAACAACAUGUUGAUUACAAGAAAGUUAGAGAAACUUUAGAAUUGGCCGUGAGAAAGAGAUUAAUGGCUGAAGUUCCUUAUGGGGUUUUAUUAUCUGGUGGGUUGGACUCAUCAUUAAUUGCUUCUAUUGCCUCUAGAGAAACCAAGAAAGCUGCACAAGCUUCAUUCAACCCAGAAGGUAUCGAUGCCAACAAGGAAUUGUCUGGUGUUGAUGACAAAGGUUCAUUGCAUUCCACUGGGGUGUUCAACCAAUUGCAUUCAUUUGCUAUUGGAUUACCUGGCGCUCCUGAUUUAUUGGCCGCCGAAAAAGUCGCACAUUUCAUUGGUACCAUCCACCACUCUCAUACUUUCACUUUAGAAGAAGGUCUUGAUGCCUUGGAUGAUGUUAUCUACCAUUUGGAAACCUAUGAUGUCACCACCAUUAGAGCAUCAACGCCAAUGUACUUAUUAUCAAGAAAAAUCAAAGCCCAAGGGGUUAAAAUGGUUCUUUCUGGUGAAGGUUCCGAUGAGAUCUUUGGGGGAUACUUGUAUUUUGCCAAUGCUCCAAGUGCCAAAGAAUUCCAUGAAGAAUGUGUCAAGAGAGUCAAGAACUUGCAUUAUGCCGAUUGUCUUAGAGCCAACAAAUCUACCAUGGCUUGGGGAUUGGAAGCCAGAGUUCCAUUCUUGGAUAAACAAUUCUUGGAAGUUUGUAUGAACAUCAACCCAGAAGAUAAAUUGAUUCAACCAGGUAAAAUUGAAAAAUACAUUUUAAGAAAAGCAUUUGAUACCAGUGAUGAACCAGAUGUCAAACCUUAUUUGCCAGAAGAAAUUCUUUGGAGACAAAAGGAACAAUUUUCCGAUGGGGUUGGUUAUUCAUGGAUUGAUGGAUUAAAAGAUACUGCUGAAAAAAUGGUCAGUGACGAAGAAUUUGCUCAUCCAAAACCAGAAUGGGGUGAUGAUAUUCCAACUACUAAAGAAGCUUACUGGUAUAGAUGUAAGUUUGAUAGAAUGUUCAACGGUUCCAAAGCUGCUGCAUCUACUGUUAUGAGAUGGAUUCCAAAAGCUGAAUGGGGUUGUCAUGCCGAUCCGUCAGGAAGAUACGCUACUACUCAUGAUCAUAAAGUUAUCCAAUAG